AGAUAAACGUGCUGAAGAUGCAAAUUAAUGAAACCAGCUUUUGUGCACAAAUCUCUGCAGUUUCCAGUGUUUUCAGCUUUUGUCUGAGCCAUUUUUGCUGUCGGCUUUGCAGACUCUUUCUAUAAAAGUAAUCAGGCAUCCAUUCGAGAAUUGGGGUCUUUCUUGACACUAAAGGCACAUGUCCCAGGCACAAGCCUCAGCAUCCUUAUUCGAUCUUUUUUAUACGACCAGGUCUUAAAUUUCCGAACCAUGUUUUCCCUAAUUGCCAUUUUCUCUCUAAAAUGAAGAAGCCUGGAAUAACCAGCACCUUCUUAUCCCUUCGGGGAAAUUAUUUAAUUGGGACAAAGGGAUAUGGAGUUAGAGCAACGAUAGGGCUUUCAGAAUCCAAAACCUGUCUGGUAUAAUAACAGAGCCUUACUGUAACCAAUCAUUCAAUCUGUCCCUCUCCCCAACCCCAUCCUCUCCAUCACCACCUGCCAGAUGCCCCCCUGGGACAAUCGACUUUGAAACCAAACUUCCCUCUCAGGUCAGCUCCUGCAACCCCUACUCCCCACCCUUGCAGCUCUCCCCGCAGAAGUGACUUGACACACCGCGCUACAUCUGGGGAGAGGGGCGGGUCUGCUUUCCGGGUGACUCAAGUCUUUGCUAUUUGCCUUUUGUUUCUGGGAUGCCUUUGGCUGCCUUUCUCUUCCAUCUGCUUUUAAUUUUGGUAAGAGAAAAGCUAAUGAAUCAGGAAUGAAUCUCCUCUCCACUAAUCUUUCUCUCUCUCUCUCUCUCUUAAAGUUGGCGCGCUCUCUUCACAAGUUCCAUCACUACCCAAGAAGUGAGGGGGCGGGGUGGGGGGAACAGGCGGGAAGGCAUUAAUUACACCUAAAUCUGAAGUUUACGACCUCCGGUACCACUUUGAUGGGGAGAGUUUCUGAAGCUUUCAUACAACCUGCAGUGCCUUUGCUGCUGCCGCUGUAGAUUUUCAGCUCAUUUCUUUCUGGUGCUGCUUCGCGCUGCUCUGUCAUGCCUAAAUCUAUCUCGUCACUGCCAAAGGUGCCUGAAUCAGGGUGAAUUCCACAAGAUUCACCAGCGGUUUUGCUCCUGUCCAAGGUAAAUACAGUAUGCAAAAUGAGGAACCACCCAAGGAUGUCGGGGAGGGGGGAGAGAAAGGGAUUCCCUCACCUUUUUGGGCACAUUCCUCGUUAAUUUCCACCAGGAGGAAGCGCGCAGCCCAGCUCCCCUAGUCUCUCUUCUUAAAUCCCCCUACCUACGACUGCCGAGGUUGCCCGCACGGCGGGAGUCUCCCCGUCAGUCCUGGCCCUCCCCCGCCCCCCGGGUUGGUUUUUCCCAGCUGCGGAGGUUGGGAGGUUGGGCCAGGGGCUGGGGUGCGAAGAGAGUCGGCGCCCGCAGCGCGCAGCCGGGAAGUCGUCGCUACUCUGGUGGAACUGAGUUGGUUCUGGAGGCGGCGGGCGCGGAGGUCCCUCAGAGGAGCCAGCGAGGGGCGCCAACAAGAGGCGAGGAGGUGCCACCGGGGCGGCGGCAGGAAGAGGAGCGGGAGCAGGAUCGCGGAGCCGAGCGUACCGACCCGCCGUGCGUACUUUCUGGAGGGAAGGGGCGGGGGAAUCGGCCCCGGAGGGAAGCGCCCGGUGGCGAGGGGGUUAGCCAAGUUCCGGCCGCGGCGCCACUCCCUCGCUUCCACGAGAGGAAAGUUUUUUCCAGACGCUUCCGCCGGCUCGCACCCUCCGGGCCCAGCCCCCCGAGGCUUCGGAGCGGGCGCCGUCCCAGCCCAGCUCCGGGGAUACGCUAGCCGCGAUGCCUGGGGGGUGCUCCCGGGGCCCCGCCGCCGGGGACGGGCGGCUGCGGCUGGCGCGACUGGCGCUGGUUCUCCUGGGCUGGGUCUCCUCGUCUUCUCCCACCUCCUCGGCAUCCUCCUUCUCCUCCUCGGCGCCGUUCCUGGCUUCCGCCGCGUCCGCCCAGCCCCCGCUGCCCGACCAGUGUCCCGCGCUUUGCGAGUGCUCCGAGGCGGCGCGCACAGUCAAGUGCGUUAACCGCAAUCUGACCGAGGUGCCCACGGACCUGCCCCCCUACGUGCGCAACCUCUUCCUUACCGGCAACCAGCUGGCCGUGCUCCCUGCCGGCGCCUUCGCCCGCCGGCCGCCGCUGGCGGAGCUGGCUGCGCUCAACCUCAGCGGCAGCCGCCUGGACGAGGUGCGCGCGGGCGCCUUCGAGCAUCUGCCCAGCCUGCGCCAGCUCGACCUCAGCCACAACCCACUGGCCUACCUCAGCCCCUUCGCUUUCUCGGGCAGCAAUGCCAGCAUCUCGGCCCCCAGUCCCCUUGUGGAACUGAUCCUGAACCACAUCGUGCCCCCUGAUGAUAAGCGGCAGAACCGGAGCUUCGAGGGCAUGGUGGCGGCGGCCCUGGUGGCGGGCCGUGCACUGCAGGGGCUCCACUGCCUGGAGCUGGCCAGCAACCACUUCCUUUACCUGCCGCGGGAUGUGCUGGCCCAACUGCCCAGCCUCAGGCACCUGGACUUAAGUAACAAUUCGCUGGUGAGCCUGACCUACGUGUCCUUCCGCAACCUGACACAUUUAGAAAGCCUCCACCUGGAGGACAAUGCCCUCAAGGUCCUUCACAAUGGCACCUUGGCUGAGUUGCAAGGUCUGCCCCACGUUAGGGUCUUCCUGGACAACAAUCCCUGGGUUUGCGACUGCCACAUGGCAGACAUGGUGACCUGGCUCAAGCAAACAGAGGUGGUGCAGGGCAAAGACCGGCUCACCUGUGCUUUUCCGGAAAAAAUGAGGAAUCGGGUCCUCUUGGAACUCAACAGUGCCGACCUGGACUGUGACCCGAUUCUUCCCCCAUCCCUGCAAACCUCUUAUGUCUUCCUGGGUAUUGUUUUAGCCCUGAUAGGCGCUAUUUUCCUCCUGGUUUUGUAUUUGAACCGCAAGGGGAUAAAAAAGUGGAUGCAUAACAUCAGAGAUGCCUGCAGGGAUCACAUGGAAGGGUAUCAUUACAGAUAUGAAAUCAAUGCGGACCCCAGGUUAACAAACCUCAGUUCUAACUCGGAUGUCUGAGAAACAUUAGAGGACAGACCAAGGACAACUCUGCAUGAGGUGUAGACUUAAGCUUUAUCCCUACUAGGCUUGCUCCACCUUUAUCCUCCGCUAUAGACACCACUGACUUUGACUAAAAGCAGUGAAGGGGGUUUUGCUUCCUUGUUAUGUAAAGUUUCUCGGUGUGUUCUGUUAAUGUAAGACGAUGAACAACUGUGUAUAGUGUUUUACCCUCUUCUUUUUCUUGGAACUCCUCAACACAUGUGGAGGGAUUUUUCAGGUUUCAGCAUGAACAUGGACUUCUUGCUGUCUGUCUCUCUCUCAGUACAGUUCAAGGUGUAGCAAGUGUACCCACACAGAUAACAUUCAACAAAAGCUGCCUCAACUUUUUCGAGAAAAAUACUUUAUUCAUAAAUAUCAGUUUUAUUCUCAUGUACCUAAGUUGUGGAGAAAAUAAUUGCAUCCCAUAAACUGCCUGCAGACGUUAGCAAGCUCUUCAAAAUAACUCCAUAGUACACAGGAGCACCUGCAUCCAAGAGCAUGCUUACAUUUUACUGUUCUGCAUAUUACAAAAAAUAACUUGCAACUUCAUAACUUCUUUGACAAAGUAAAUUACUUUUUUGAUUGCAGUUUCUAUGAAAAUGUACUGAUUUUUUUUUUAAAUAAACUGCAUCGAGAUCCAACAGACUGAAUUGUUAAAAAAAUAAAAUAAAAGAUUCUUAAAAGAAUUACGGUGUGUGCAAGUUUGCUUUGAAAAAAGGAUUAAGGGCAGGGUAUUCAAUGGCCUUGGUUCCGAUGAUAGUUCUUACUUAACAUAGCUGAGAAUCAAACUGUAGCAAUGUCUAAUAUAAAUAGAUUUGGGAGAUCGCCUUGAGAUGGUGGAUCCUUUUAGUAUUUAAAUGGAGAGUUUGAGUAUUCAUGUGACUAUAUGGUCCCAAAGUUAAUGCUAUUUAUGAAACAGUUUUGUAAGAGCAUAAUGAAUUGAUUAAAGCUAAGCGUUCUGUACAAUAAACAGUUCCCAGUUUGGGGCUUUUUCAAGGCUAAUGAAGUUAUUGUUGGUCUAGAAAAAUAGUGUUUACUUAAUAAAACUCUGAAAUUGUUCUGUGGAUUUUUAGAGCAGAAUUUGAAACAAAUAUGCAAAUAAAUAUGAAGAUAAAAUGUCUUAAAGAUAGACUAUUCUGAAAUAAAAGAUGUAAAAUAUAAAUUUAAAAAAUAUUUCUCAAUGUCAUAAUGUAAAUUGAAACUUAGAUUUUCUUGAGGAUAUUUUUUAAAAAACAUUUGAAGUGGAACAUAAAUGGUCUUUAGUUUAUCAGAGACCCAGCUAAUAUGUUUAAAAAGUUGACAUGGUUGAAUAUGAACUUGAGGAAAUAACCACAGAUAAAUGCGUACAUCUGUCAACAAAUGUCUCAAGUAUUUAUAGGUUCUUAAGUUCAGUGUUUUAAGAAUUUGAGGAUAUUUUGAUUUUAGCUAAGCUCUUCAUGAUGUAAGUAUAUACACCUUCGUGAAGAAUAAAUCACAGGUGUAAAUACAGGCAAUCAUUAAUUGAUACCAUCCAUAAUAUGCAAGGCUUUUGUUUUUUGUCAGUUUAUUAUCUGCCAUUUAAGCUGAAAAGUAAAUUCCAUUAAUCAAUCUUCAAGCUCUUUUAUCGAGUGAUUUAAAUGUAGCCAUUAUUGCUUAACUGAAAGUAUUAGGUAAACUUGCAUCAGUAAGUAUUAGGGCCUGUUUUUCCUUUGAACUGGUUAUGUCCUUCAAUGCUUUAUGUUUGAAAUAAAAUCUACAUUUUCUUAUUUUUAUAAAUAAAAUAGGAUCAGAUAGUAUUUUAGGUUCUAGAAAUCUGCUGAUUCCUUCUUUGAAUUAAAUUCAGAAAUUUUCAAAGUAGGGCUAAAAAUAAGUAAAUCUCUUCCUUUUUAUAGGUUAGAUUAUAUAGUCAGAAUAUGAAGCUGUAAUUCCUUAAAUUCCAUCAGGCUUGUUUUAUGAAAUACAGUAUUUAUUAUUUAAGGGUUAUAUUUCAGAUCCUAUAAUUACCUCAGAAAAAGCUAAAUAUUUGGCACUUAAAAUUCCAUCAAACAGUUUAAGUGUUCAUCAGAAAUUCCUACUGUCUGGUUGCCAUUAUUUAACAAGAACAAUGCGAUACUAAUCUGUCAAAAAUAGUGACCACUAUCUUAGCAAACUGUUGAUGGACUUCAGUUGGUAAGUCUUCUGAUAUUGUAGAAAGAAAUUAUAAUAUUGAUAGAGCCUCUGUUGAGAAGAAUUGUUUCUUCCUCACAUGAUAAUCUAACAGUUUAAAGCGGAGCUUUAUUUAAGAACCAGGAAAGGAGUAGAUUUGUUAGUGUAGCUUUUCUCAUCAACUCCUUGAAGCAAUGAUGAAUCUGAUAAAGUGAAGCCAAGUUAUCCCUAUUAGGUAGAUGACUUCUUUGAAGUUAUAAUUUAUUGCUUCUUUUUCAUGCCCCUACUUAUUCUUUUGUAUGGACUUUCCAAUUACCACUGCUUUGUUUUCCAUCACAUCACUCCUUCCUGUUCUCCAAAAUAUGGAAAUAAAAAAGUCAAUAAAAAGAAAGAACACCUUAUUCUUAAGAUAAAAAUUGUUAUUAUUUGACAACAUUAAUAUUUUGCAGGCCUAAUACUUUUAAGUCUAUAAGUCUACAGAACAUUCUAAGUUCCUUGGAAGACAGAGGCUAUAUAAAUUCAAUAAGUAUAAGGGAAUAUGGGAAAAAUAAAAGUAUCACUUUAUUUAAAAAUAAGACAAGUCUGUUUUAAAUACUGUUCUUAUUAUUAAUGCAGUAUUGACUCUAGAAACCUGCAAAUAUCCAUUUUUAAUAUUUUAGUUGGUAAUACUCUUCAUUACUGAAUGUAAAAUUUUCAACAUAAAACACCCUUCAUUUAUCCUUUACAAGUUUCAUUUGAAGAAAGUUAGAAAAAAUACUUAGAAAUUCAAGGACUUGAUAAAUCCCUUAAUUUAAAAAGCUAUUCGACUAUCCCAUAAAUUUUUAUUUUAAGUAGGAAACAUUUUAGGAUAAUACAGUUAUUUGGCCCUGAAUUAUAACUGCCCCCUUUGAUAGUAUCCAUUCUGUUUGCAGCAUUCGUUUUUGUAAUAGCAGUUUGGCUGCUGUGGGUGCGAUUCAAUGGUAACCUAUAAGGCAGAUUUGUACAGGAGCUGAUAGAUUUUUCUAACAAAAUAAGGAGACUUUGAAGCACAUUGAAUAGGAUUUUUUAAAUGAAUAGGAGUUUUUAAGGAAAAAGAGUAGGAGCUGGGGGGGAAGGCUGUUUGAAAUAAAUGAGCAAAUCACAAAUAAUAAAUCCUUUAGAAAUAUCUUUAUUGGCAGUAAGUGUGGAUUAUGCUCAUCUCAGUAUUUAAUUAGAAAUAACAUAUCUUUGUCUUCUGUCUUUUUAAUUAAAGUGGCUGUAAAAAAGAAGGUUCAGAUGAAUUGAGAUUGUUUCCUUAGAAAUUGUUUGACUCUUUUCCUUUGACCUAAAACAGGGCUUACCUUGUUGAGGACCUUAGAGGCUUUGCAACUCUAGAUUGUGACUCUUUCAUAUCAUUUUAGUUUUUCUCCCAAGACUACACUAAAGGAGACAUCAUGAGAUUUGCAAGGUUAAAAACAAUUUUGCACGUGCUUCCUCCUGCUCCAAAAUCCAGUCAUCAGCUUUCAGAGCAGCACCGUAAAGUGAAGACAGACAUUUAUUAGAUGAAAUUCUGGUUUCACUUUUACACUUGUGCAAGGAUUUUUAACAGUAAAGGAGAGGAAAGGGAGAAAGUUAUGUUUCUAGAUAAUAUAUGAAAAUUACCUUGAUACUGUAUUUUUAAGAUCUUUCACCAAUACUUGCAGUGCUGCACUAGAAAUAAUUAGUUUAAGAAAAUACUUUCCACAUUGUCCAGGUGAUCCUGUCACCUUUUAGAUGAGGAAAAACAUCUUCUUGAGGAUGUUUUGUACAGUUAUUUUCCCAUUGUUACUCUUAGAGACUUUUGUUUCAAAAAGGCAGGCUCAUUUUAUUUUGUUUUAUCUUAGAACAUUUUAGCAGCUCUUUGUCAUGGGUUAAAAAAAUCUAGAAUUAAAAAAUGUUUAACAUGAUUUGUAUCAUUUUUGACAAGAAUACAAAUUCUUAGUAGUUCAAAAUUGGAAGGGCUCUUAGAAGUGUCAAGCUCAGCUUUCUAUUCUACAAAUGAAGUAACUGAUAAUUGUGACUUACUACGUUACACAGUGACA